AGGUGGCAGUAAAACCACAAAGAGCUAAAGGAGAACAUUCGUGCUUCACGAAGAAGACCAGGGUCCAGGGGCUGUGGCGCCAUUUCCUUCAUUCAUAAGCAUCCAAGGCCUUCGUCGCUGUUCAGGAAAAACAUCAUCAUGGUGAAAAUUUUUAUUGGUAAUCUUGCCUGUGAAACCACCGUAGAAGAAGUGCGAAAGCUUUUCGAGAAGUAUGGCAAAGUCACAGAGUGUGACAUAGUUAAAAACUAUGGUUUUGUACACAUGAGCAGCAUGUCUGAGGCAGAGGAGGCCAUUAAAAACCUUCACCAGACUGAGCUGAAUGGCUGGAGCAUGAAUGUGGAGCUGAGCAAAGGCAGGCCCAAGUCCACCACUAAACUACACAUCAGCAACCUCGGAGAGGGCGUCACAAAUGAUGAGCUACGGGCCAAGUUUGAGGAGUUUGGCCCAGUAGUGGAGUGUGAUAUUGUCAAAAACUAUGCCUUUGUUCACAUGGAGAGAAUGGAGGACGCCAUGGCCGCCAUCGAUAAGCUUGACAACAGAGCUUUCAAAGGCAAACUGAUCAUCGUACAGCUGUCCACCAGUCGCCUUCGCACUGCCCCGGGAAUGGGAGAUCACAAAGGCUGCUACGUCUGUGGCAAACACGGUCAUUGGUCGAAAGACUGUCCACUUGAUCGGACCGGUGGCCACAUGGACGGCGCCAGAGGUCGCAGCAACUGGUAUCCCCCACGUGGCAUGUUCUCACCUCCAGCAUCUGACUACAUGAGCAGCUCUGGGUAUAGUCGGGCUAGUUACGCUGGUGGAAUGCCUCCUCCACCUCCCCCUCCCCCUCGCAGGCAUGUUGGCUACAGCGCGGAGCUGGGGGAUCGCUACGCCAGCAGAACUGCAGGCUCAUACACAGAUAGGCCCUCAGCUUACGACAGCCCCUACAGCAGCGUCGACUAUUAUGAAAAGUACAGAGCUCGUCCGUAUGGCUCAAGCUAUUUUGAAGAGCGUCACGUGCCCUACAUCCCUCCUCCCCCACCACCACCUGCUUCCUCCCUGGCUAAGCUCUCGUCCAGUACAGACCCCUACGAACGUCGGCCGCUGGCUCCACCUCCAUCUGCCGCAUCAUACUACGCACCAGAGUACAGCCCCAUCCCACGAGCUCCCGUCUCAUCGGGCUACUCCUACGAGACAGCGCGUCUGUCUCCAGUGUCCGGCUCCAGGAGCGCCUACCCAGUUUUACGGCCCAAGGAUCCUUAUGCUCAGCGCUAUGCCCCAUACUGAGCUCAUGGUGCCAAGGUCUGAGGACUGAUGGACCUUCCCACUAUAUCUACAAGCUACACAUAUUCAUUGGUGUGUGUGAUGUGCAGCUAAGAAUACGAGAUGCAGAUGUCCAGCUUAGGGUUUAAAGAUGACUUCCAGGUUCUUGUGAUGCCAGCUGGCUGCUUCUGAGUCGUUUUUUUAUUCAAGUACACAAAUAUUUCUUUCAAAAAUAACAAUUAUUGAACUGUAUAGAAAAUCAAUUGGCUCACUUGAUCUGCAGGUUUUCAGCAGUUUUUUCCUUCUGUUUUUUUUUUCAUUAUGUGCAGCAAACGAUAUUUUGCUCUAGUUUUUGUCUCAAGUGUUCAUGUACAUUGUUUUAGGUGUUUGGGGUUUACUCAUAGAUGUAUGAGUUGCUUGUAACGCAAGAGUCUUAUUUUGUUUCUCUACCGGUGACCUGAUCUGACUUAGUAUCAUAAAUGUGUAUAAAGAGAACAAUGUGUGAAGAAUGUUCAAUGACCAUCGGUGACUAUUACAUCAGAGAGUUUUCUUCUGGUUAGACGUCGGCAUGGGCAGAUGUUUGGAAGGAACCUCUUCACCGUUCUCUCUGUAGCAUAAUUCAUACCAGGUUUCACACAAAGAACAACAGAAAAUAAACUACAAAACUGCAUAGUCAGGAUUCCAAACCUAAGCUAAACAAACAUUCCAGCAUAGGGCCGAGGAUUUCUGUACAUCCACUUAACAUUAAUGAAAGUGUUUGCCAGAUGAGGGGAGAUAAAAAUUUGACAUUUCCAGCAGUGCAAAUGUAGGAGCAGCUGUAUUCUUUCCAUUUUAUAAGUUGCUGAUGAAAGGUAACCCAUCACGCUAGGUAGAAAUCUGGAUCUUUUAUGGACGCGACACCACAGAACCAGGUAAAUAUGAGGCGUGACUGUUGGACAGUUGAAAUCAGGAGGUCCAGUUUUGCAUUGAAGGUGCCUUAUGCAUAAAUUUGAAGUUUGUAUUUUUCAUACUAGCUGUGAACCUAACGGCACACACUCAAAUUCUGAUUUUUUUUUUUAAAUUAAUAAAGCCAUUUAUUUUGGUGACA